CCGGAGCGGUGGCGGUGCUGGGGCGGUAGCGGCGUGUGGGGAGCGGCGUCUCCGCUGCUGGGCAGGGACGCGCCUCGGCCGCCGGGCGGAGGCGGUUCCGCGCUCGGCGGAAACAAGGAACGGGAAAGGAAGGGAGCGGCGAAAGGAACCGGUAUCGGCGGCCACCAUUAGUGGAGGCAAGAGGAGCAGCAGCAGCAGCAGCCGCCGAGGUGGUCUGCGGGCGGAGCGGACCCGGGUGCCGCCGCCGGCAGCGAGCAGGAGCGAACCCGGCGCCUCGCCCCUCUGUUCUGUGGGGCGUCGCCGCUGCCCGCCGGGGCUCCCCGGUAGCCGGGACGAGAUGGAGCAAUUGUCAGAUGAAGAGCUUGACCAUGGUGCAGAAGAAGAUAGUGAUAAGGAAGAUCAGGAUCUCGACAAGAUGUUUGGGGCCUGGCUGGGUGAACUGGACAAACUCACACAGAGUUUGGAUGCAGACAAGCCUGUGGCACCAGUGAAGAGGUCACCCCUCCGCCAGGAAACCAAUCUUGCCAACUUCUCAUAUCGCUUCUCCAUGUACAAUUUGAAUGAAGCCCUGAAUCAGGGGGAAACUGUGGAUCUGGAUGCCCUCAUGGCUGAUCUCUGUUCCAUAGAGCAGGAGCUCAGCAGCAUCGGCUCUCAUUCCGCAAACAAUGCUGCAGUGAAACGCCUUACCACAGAACCCAAAACUCAGAAACCACCUGCUAGUCGACCUUCCACUAAGCACAGCAGCAUGAAAGGAUUGUCCUCCUCUGCUAAGCUGACUAAACCAUCGCAUGCCAACGUGUCUCUGGAUGACAUCACUGCACAGUUAGAGAAGGCCUCCUUGAGCAUGGAUGAAGCAGCCCAGCAGUCUGUUGCGGAAGACACCAAGCCAGUGGUUACUGCCCAGCACAGGAGGACAGCAUCUGCUGGCACAGUGAGCGAUGCUGAGGUGCGCUCCAUCAGUAACUCCUCCCGUUCCAGCGUGACCUCGGCAGCUUCCAGCAUGGACUCCCUGGAUAUCGAUAAGGUGACAAGACCUCAGGAGCUGGACUUGACCUCUCAAGGGCAACCGAUCACCGAGCACUCCUACUUGGACAGGGAAACCUCCCUUCUUCUGAGAAACAUUGCAGGAAAGCCUUCUCAUUUGCUGACCAAGGAGGAACAGGCUGCUAAACUGAAAGCUGAGAAGAUUAGGGUUGCAUUAGAGAAGAUUAAAGAAGCACAAGUGAAAAAGUUGGUGAUCAGAGUCCAUAUGUCUGAUGACAGCUCAAAAACAAUGAUGGUGGAUGAGAGGCAAACAGUGAGACAAGUAUUAGACAAUCUGAUGGACAAAUCACAUUGUGGAUACAGUUUAGACUGGUCAUUAGUGGAAACCAUCUCUGAAUUGCAAAUGGAAAGGAUCUUUGAAGAUCAUGAAAAUUUAGUUGAAAAUCUCUUGAACUGGACAAGAGACAGUCAAAACAAACUAAUGUUCGUGGAACGUAUAGAGAAAUACGCACUUUUCAAGAAUCCACAGAACUAUCUUCUGGGGAAGAAAGAAACCUCUGAGAUGGCAGACAGAAAUAAAGAGGUGCUACUAGAGGAAUGCUUCUGUGGAAGUUCUGUAACUGUGCCAGAGAUUGAGGGAGUUUUGUGGCUGAAAGAGGACGGUAAGAAAUCUUGGAAGAAACGUUACUUCCUUCUUCGGGCUUCUGGAAUCUACUAUGUCCCUAAAGGGAAGGCAAAGGUGUCACGGGAUCUCGUGUGCUUCCUACAGCUAGACCAUGUCAGUGUUUACUAUGGACAGGACUAUCGGAACAAAUACAAGGCACCCACAGACUAUUGUUUAGUGCUAAAGCAUCCUCAGAUCCAGAAGAAGUCCCAGUACAUCAAAUAUCUUUGCUGCGAUGAUGUAAGAACUCUACACCAAUGGAUCAAUGGCAUCCGCAUUGCUAAGUAUGGGAAGCAGCUUUACAUGAACUAUCAGGAAGCACUGAAGAGAACAGAAUCAGCAUAUGACUGGACCUCCUUGUCUAGCUCCAGUAUCAAGUCAGGCUCCAGCUCAUCUAGUUUGCCAGAAUCUCAAUCAAAUCAUUCUAAUCAGUCUGACAGUGGGGUUUCUGACACUCAGACAGCUGGACAUGUCCGUUCCCAAAGCAUUGUCAGCUCCAUGUUCUCUGAGGCCUGGAAACGAGGCACUCAACUGGAGGAAUCCAGCAAGGUAACAAGAAGACUUUAAUUUGAGAACCAACGCCCAACAAAAUGUGUGAGACGGUGUUGUCCUCUUACACGUCUGUCUUGAGUGGCAUUUCUUCUCUGUUUUACAUGGUUAAUUUACACUGCUAUAUAAUUGUUUUUUAGGAUUCACUUUUUCAGGUAAUUAAGCCCUGCAGCUUUCUGUUCUUUCUUUUAUUUGUGUGCAUAGAAGCUUUUUGUUCUUUGAAGGCAUUAUACAGCCCCUCUCACAGAGUC